AUGUGUAAUCUGCUCGCUAAUGCGUCUGUAGUGCCCAUAGCUACAGGUGUCAGAGGUGGUUCAGUCCAGUCAGAUGCAAGCAGUAGCCCCUCUGAGCAGGGUCACAUGUGUCAGCCCCAUCCAGCGUACCCUGUUGGACCACAGUCUCUCCUGGUGGCCCAGCAGCUGGCCUCAGCCAUGAGUGGCGUGAUGUCAGGAGGUGCGCCGAGUCUAAACCAGCCAAUCCUCAUCCCCUUUAAUGCAGGUGGGCACCUGGGGGGGCAGCAGGGUCUGGUCCUCUCUCUGCCUACAGCAGCCAAUAUCCAGGGACUGGUGGCUGCUGCAGCUGCUGGGGGCAUCAUGACUCUCCCUCUACAGAACCUGCAAGCUACCUCAUCGCUCAACUCCCAACUCCAGCAUCUUCAGCAUCUCCAACAAAUACAGCAGCACCACCAGCAACAACAGCAGCAGCAGCGGGAACGGGAGCACCGAGAGCGAGAGCAGCAGAGAGAGCGAGAGCAGCAGAGAGAGCGAGAGCAGCAGAGAGAGCGUGAGCGAGAGCAGCAGCGAGAACGUGAACGUGAACGAGAACGAGAGCAACACUGUGGGUCAGCACACCUUCAGCCUCUCAAUCAGCUGCCAUCCCAUCAUCCACUGACUCCGCCAAUCAAGUUACAAGCUACUGGUUCUUCGACAGGAACCGCCUCCUCUUGUAACUCCGCCAGUCUUGGUUUAGUUCAGACUUCACAAUCUCCACCAUGUCAUAAGCAGAACCAAUCGCCAGCACACAGCCUCCCCUCACCAGUCACACCUCCUCUGCCACUGCAGCUCAAUCCACUAGCCAGCCAGGCAGCAGUCGCAGCAGCAACCAUGGGCUCUAUUACUGGAUCACAAGUGUUUGGGAACGCUGCACUGCCGAGCCUGCAGGGUGUCACAGGCCAACUGGUCACCAAUGCACAGGGACAGAUAAUUGGUACAAUCCCACUGAUGCCAAACUCUGCAGGACCUUCCAACCAAACAGGAGGAGGAACUUCAUCUCUCCAGGUCCAGCCAAUCACGCCACAACUGCUGACCAAUGCACAGGGUCAGAUCAUUGCCACAGUGAUCGGGAACCAGAUCCUGCCUGUCAUCAACACACAGGGAAUCACACUAUCACCAAUCAAACCUGGACAGCAGCUUUCCCAGGCUGCCCAGACCCAGCCGCCUCCCCCUGUGUCUCAGCCAGGCCUGCUGCGAAUGCCCCACAGUCAGAGUCCUCUCCGGCAAGCAUCUUCAUCCUCUUCGACCUCUUCUUCUUCAUCUUCAGCACUCAGUGUGGGGCAGCUGGUUAGCAACCCUCAAACUGCUCAGAGUGAAGUGGAUGGUGUGAAUCUGGAGGAGAUCCGAGAAUUUGCCAAAGCGUUUAAAAUCCGUCGUCUGUCUCUCGGUCUGACGCAAACUCAGGUGGGCCAGGCUCUCAGUGCCACAGAGGGACCUGCCUACAGCCAGUCCGCCAUCUGCAGACACACCAUCCUGAGAAGCCACUUUUUCCUACCACAGGAAGCCCAAGAGAGCACUAUAGCUAGCAGUCUGACAGGCAAACUGAACCCUGGCCUUUUAUAUCCUGCCAGGUUUGAGAAGUUGGACAUCACGCCAAAAAGCGCCCAGAAGAUUAAGCCUGUGCUGGAGCGCUGGAUGGCCGAGGCAGAAGCCCGCCAUCGCUCGGGCAUGCAGAACCUGACAGAGUUUAUCGGCAGUGAACCAUCGAAAAAGCGCAAGCGCCGGACCUCUUUCACGCCACAGGCCCUGGAGAUCCUUAACAGCCACUUCGAGAAGAACACACACCCCUCGGGCCAGGAAAUGACUGAGAUCGCUGAGAAACUGAACUACGACCGUGAGGUGGUGCGCGUCUGGUUCUGCAAUAAAAGGCAGGCGCUUAAAAACACAAUAAAGAGGCUGAAGCAGCCGGAGCUUGGGGCUGUCGCACCUAUGGACCCUCUGGCUGAUCCUUUGGAAGAACAUCCAUAGAUCAGAUGGACUCAAGUGAGAAAAACUGGACCCACUUACCAAUGAUUCACUCAACUGGACACUAAAAACCUGGAUGUGUCUGACUCUGUACUGUGAUGGACCUCCACCAAUUAUAGAAAUGUUAAUAGAAGUGUUGUAAUGACGUUGAAGUGAAGAGACAAAAAAAAAGUCUAAAUGCUUACAGGUUCUGGGUCCUCAUCCAGGACAAAGCAGAGAAUUUUCACUAGGUCACAUCUAAAUCAAGGACAGCUAUAAAACUACUACAACCAAAGUCUGAUGUGUCUGAUUCCUGAAGGGUUUUUGUUUUGUUUUUUGUAAAUGUGUUCUAAAUUUUUACAUUUGUACUGACCAAAAGGAGAAAAAAAGAUAUAUGUGUAGGGGCAUUGGGGUGGUGGGAGGGUGUAACAUUAUCUUUGUCUCACUUGCUCACUUGGGUUUAUAUGUAAAUAUUAUGCUAAUUUUGUCUUCAAAUUGAAAUCACAAACUCUUUGGAAACUUUGUCUCAGAGAUGACCACCUCAUAUACCUGUGGUCCUUUCUUUAGUCUCCUCACUCCUGUUUGUAAAAGUAUCAUUUAAAAGAUUUGUUUUUAUCUCUGGAAGAAUGGGUUAUAUGUCAAAGGUGGUCGAUAUGGCAGAACCCACAUUGUUGCAGCUGUGACUUAAACUACAGUAUGUCGUUGUAUUGCCAAAGCCUUCUAGCCAAAGAACAUCAUUCUUCAGCCCAAGGACAUGGGCUGUAGCCCAAGGACUAUAAAUGGGCAAAAAUAUUACUUUUUUUUUCUUUUUCUGUGAUGAAAUUUUUCAGUGUUUUGUCCCAACAAUGGCUUCAGGUCUGCAUGAUUUGCAGCACACAACCGAUGUGUGGAAAUUAAAUGAGAUCAUUUCUAA